CCAAACUCUUUUCUCUGAUGGAUCCGCUAAUGUAGCCAUUUUCCAUCGAUCUCACUUUCUCUGGCAUCUUCGUUGCCGUCUACGUCUCUCUCCCUCUCUCUUUCUUCACCUCUCUUGCCUUUCACACAGACUGACAGACACAUAUAUACCCACACAGGGCAUGUGUGUGUACUUUUUGGAGUUUUUUCAAGUUCCCACCAUAAACGCAUAGGGAAGUAAGAAAUGGAGGAUAGGUAUCAAAUGUUCUUUCCAUGUUCAUCAUCGGUGACCAAGGUUGACAACUCCACACAGUGUGGAGCUCAGCCGACAGCAUCAUCAUCAUCGUCACACCAGAACAUCAACACUAAUGAAGCAGAGAAACCCAAGAGUAAGAUGAAGAAAGAGAGAGAAUCCAGGUUUUCCUUUCAGACAAGAAGCCAGGUUGAUAUUCUCGAUGAUGGAUACAGGUGGAGGAAGUACGGCCAAAAAGCUGUCAAGAACAAUAUAUUUCCCAGGAGUUAUUAUAAGUGCACACAAGAAGGCUGUAGAGUGAAGAAGCAAGUACAGAGGUUAUUAGGAGACGAAGGAGUGGUGGUUACAACUUACCAAGGUGUUCAUACCCAUCCUGUUGAUAAACCCUCUGAUAAUUUCCACCACAUCUUGACCCAAAUGCACAUCUUCCCUUCCUUUUAGUUAUACUUUUUGCUCUCAUAUAUACUUUUUCAUUUCUUAUAUAAUACUACCGCAUAAAUCUUCGGUCCAUAUAGGAUUAGUAGGUUAGGAGUUGAUGAAUGAUGAAUGAUGAAUUAGUAGAGGAACGGGAUGUAAUAAUCAAAAACGUUGGGAAAGAAUGCUAAACUCAAGUGUUGAGACCAUUACUUCAAAAGAUCAUAUUUUGGGUCGUACUCAGCUCUGCAGUACAAUAAUAACAGAUUGACAAUCUUCUGAUGGAUUUUUAUAAUCUCUCUUACGUAGGUACAUUUCUAUCUAACCUUGUGUCAGACGUUUUAAGCCAUUUGUUCUGUUCAUGUAAUGUUUAAGGCUUCACUAGUAAUAAUAAAAGUUUAAA